AAGACGUGCGCGGAGGCGCGAGGCUGUCGUGCGCGGCGACGGACGAGCGGUGCGACCCGCGCAGCCGAUGUGAACGCCGUUCGAGCCGAAGAGCGACGCCAACGGAUAUGAUGCGAGCAUCUGUUUUAAUACGGUCCUUGGAAGAUGAGCGAUUAUUUAUACGCUUUUCCUUGUUUUCCUUACACGUUCAUUCCUUUUGCCCGUCUCUCACUCUCUGUGUCAGUGUCGGGGGGCCUGGACGCCUGGGUCAUAUCUGUGGACGAGCGAGCCAAACACGAGCAGCAGUUCCACAGCCUGACGCCCACUCUGGCCGGCUUCAUCACAGGUGACCAGGCCAAGAACUUCUUCCUCCAGUCGGGUCUGCCCGCCCCCAUCCUUGCACAGAUAUGGGCUUUGGCAGACCUGAACAAUGACGGGAAGAUGGACAUCCACGAGUUUUCCAUCGCCAUGAAGCUGAUUAAGCUGAAGCUGCAGGGUCACCCGCUUCCCCCCUCGCUACCCCCGGCCAUGAAGCAGCCGCCCCUCCCCGUGCCUCCGGCUCCACCCUUCGGCAUGGUGGGUGUGGCUGGGAUGCCGCCGCUCCCGGGCGCCCCCCCCGUUCCCUUGCCAGCCCUGCCGCCUCUGACAGGUAUGGGCAUAUCGCCCCCUCUCGUUUCGUCCGUAGCCCCGUCGGCGCCCCCUCCGGUGCCCCCCCUGGCCAACGGAACGCCAGCCGUCAUUCAGCCCCUGGCAGGCUUCUCGCACCCAGCUACGGCGCUAAACAAAAGCUCCUCUUUCAACCGCUCCGGUGCCAAGCUGCAGAAGGGACAGUCCUUUGACGCGUCCAACGCCCUGCCAGGCCCCUCUCCAGCAGACUGGGCUGUCCCCCAGUCCUCACGGCUCAAGUACCGGCAGCUCUUCAACAGUCACGACAAAAUGAUGAGCGGCUACCUCACAGGACCUCAAGCAAGAACCAUUCUGAUGCAGUCGAGUUUGCCGCAAGCCCAGCUCGCUUCAAUUUGGAACCUAUCGGACAUCGACCAGGACGGCAAGCUGACGGCGGAGGAGUUCAUCCUGGCCAUGCACCUGAUCGACGUGGCCAUGUCCGGUCUGCCGCUGCCCCCGGUCCUCCCGCCUGACUUCAUCCCCCCAACCUUCAGGAGGCUGCGCUCAGGAAGCGGCAUCUCGCUGCCUGGCCAACACGCAGUUGACCAGCGGCUGUCCGAGGAGCUGGAGGAGGAGGAGCAGCAGAGCGCAGAGAAGAAGCUGCCAGUGACCUUUGAGGACAAGAAACGGGAGAACUUUGAACGGGGGAACUUGGAGCUGGAGAAGCGGCGGCAAGCCCUGCAGGAGCAGCAGCGCAAGGAGCAGGAACGGCUGGCGGCUCUGGAGCGCCAGGAGCAGGAGAGGAAGGAGAGGGAGCGCCAGGAGCAGGAGCGGCGCAGGCAGCAGGAGCUGGAGAAGCAGCUGGAGAAGCAGCGCGAACUGGAGAGGCAGCGGGAGGAGGAGAGGCGCAAGGAGAUCGAGAGAAGGGAGGCAGCCAAGCGCGAGCUGGAACGCCAGCGGCAGCUCGAGUGGGAAAGGAACCGCAGGCAGGAGCUGCUCACCCAGAGGAAUCGUGAGCAGGAGCACAUGGUGCUACUCAAGGCCAGGAAGAAGACCCUGGAGUUUGAGCUCGAGGCCCUGAAUGAUAAGAAGAACCAGCUGGAAGGGAAGCUUCAGGAUGUUCGGUUCCGUCUGUCAGCUCAGCGGCGCGAGAUCGAGAGCACCAACAAAGCCCGAGAGCUGCGCAUCGCUGAGAUUACCCACCUCCAGCACCAGCUUCAGGAGUCGCAGCAGUGGCUCGGGCGCCUCAUCCCGGAAAAGCAGUGUCUUAGCGACCAGCUUAAACACAUCCAGCAGAACAGCAUUCAUAGAGACUCUCUGAUGUCUCUGCGGAAAGCACUGGAAGUGAAGGAACUGACCCGGAAGCAGUUGCGGGAGCAGAUGGAAGCUUUAGAGAAGGAAACCCGGUCCAAAUUGUUAGAGAUUGAUGCCUUCAACACCCAGCUGAAGGAGCUGAGGGAGAUGCACAUCAUGCAGCAGAGACAGAAACAGAAGGAUGCAGGAACAGACAUCCACAAGAAGACAGAUCAGGAGGGGAAGGCGGUGGACCUUCAGCACAAAAGGCUGAGCUCCAUGGAAGACAGUGUAGGAGGCACAUGGCGUGGUGAUGGUAAGGAGGACCCUCCUACUGUGGCCCUGCAGCCGUGGAUGACGCACGUCACUGAAGAGUAUGGCCAGAGCAGGAAGGACAUGCAGGACAAACUCAGCAAGCUGUUCAUGCAGCAGCCUGAACCGGGGAAGCUGUCAACCCAGGGGCCCUGGACCGCAGGUGAGAAGGUCCCGGUGACAGGGUUUAGUCAGGACAAGAUGAAGGUGGUCUUCUACAGAGCGUUGUAUCCCUUCGAAGCUCGCAGCCAUGAUGAGAUCACCAUCAAGCCUGGUGACAUAGUCAUGGUCAAAGGGGAGUGGGUGGACGAAUCCCAGACGGGCGAGCCGGGCUGGCUCGGGGGUGAGCUGAAGGGGAAGACAGGCUGGUUCCCUGCGAACUAUGCCGAGAAGAUUCCUGAGACCGAGGUCCCCGCAAGCCUCCGUUCAGGGGCUGGCCUUGGUGCUCUCGCCAGCCUGAGCAUCACACCUACCUCCCCCCCGACAGCCGCACAGCCCCUGCCAGCAGAGGUCACAGCCAGCCAGCUGCCAGCCACCACGGUCGCCAUGCCUGGAGCCGCGACCAUGUCCAACUUGGGCAAAUGGGCUGACUUCAGCACCACGUGGCCCUCUGACACGGUGGAGAAACCUGAGACGGAUGGCUGGGACCCCUGGCCGACACAGCCGGCUCUGUCAGUCCCCAGCGCGGGUCAGCUGCGCCAGCGCUCUGCCUUUACCCCUGCCACCCUCACAGGGUCCUCACCAUCGCCAGUCCUCGGACAGGGGGAGAAGGUGGAGGGUCUCCAGGCGCAGGCUCUGUACCCGUGGCGGGCUAAGAAGGAUAACCACCUGAACUUUAACAAGAACGAGGUGAUCACAGUGCUGGAGCAGCAGGACAUGUGGUGGUUUGGGGAGGUGCAGGGCCAGCGAGGCUGGUUCCCCAAGUCCUACGUGAAGCUCAUCUCAGGGCCCACGCGCUCGUCCCUCAGCAUUGAAUCAGGUUCAUCUGAGAGUCCCCCCACUGUGAAGAGACCCACACCCUCUCCCAGCAAACCUCUGGAGACUGGAGAAGAGUACAUAGCGAUGUACACGUACGAGAGCAGUGAGCAGGGGGACCUGACCUUCCAGCAGGGGGAUGUCAUAGUGGUGUUGAAGAAGGAGGGAGACUGGUGGACUGGGGCGGUAGGGGACAGGACCGGGGUCUUCCCAUCCAACUACGUCAAGCCCAAGGAUUCCGAGGGUCUGGGGCCGGCUGGGAAGACAGGUAGUCUGGGGAAGAAGCCAGAGAUUGCGCAGGUGAUUGCCCCUUAUAUGGCCACAGGGCCAGAGCAGCUGACUUUGGCACCAGGACAACUCAUUCUCAUCAGGAAGAAGAACCCCGGGGGAUGGUGGGAGGGAGAGUUACAGGCCAGGGGAAAGAAGCGCCAGAUUGGCUGGUUCCCUGCCAAUUAUGUGAAGCUGUUGAGUCCGGGUACGAGUAAAGCUACACCCACGGAUCCCACACCACCAAAACUGAAGGGGCCCAGUGCAGUCUGCCAGGUGAUCAGCAUGUACGACUACACCGCCCAAAAUGACGACGAGCUGCCCUUCGCAAAGGGCCAGAUUAUCAAUGUGCUGAGUAGGGAGGACCCCGACUGGUGGAAGGGCGAGCUCAACGGUUCUGUGGGCCUCUUCCCCUCCAACUACGUCAAGAUGACCACAGACACGGACCCUAGCCAGCAGUGGUGUGCCGACCUGCACCUCCUAGACAUGUUGACCCCUACAGAGAGGAAACGACAGGGGUACAUUCAUGAGCUCAUUGUCACUGAGGAGAACUACGUCAAUGACCUGCAGCUCGUCACUGAGGUCUUCCAGAAGCCACUCCUGGAAUCAGAAGUGCUCACUGAGAAGGAAGUGGCGAUGAUCUUUGUCAACUGGAAAGAGCUGAUCAUGUGCAACAUCAAGCUGCUCAAAGCCCUGCGGGUGCGUAAGAAGAUGUCAGGGGAGCGCAUGCCUGUGAAGAUGAUCGGCGACAUCCUGACUGCCCAGCUGCCCCACAUGCAGCCUUACAUCCGAUUCUGCAGCUGCCAACUCAACGGCGCCACCCUCAUUCAGCAGAAAACCGAUGAGGUGCCUGACUUCAAGGAAUUUGUCAAGAGGCUGGCUAUGGACCCCCGAUGCAAAGGAAUGCCUCUGUCAAGCUUCCUGCUGAAGCCCAUGCAGAGGGUUACCCGCUAUCCCCUCAUCAUCAAGAACAUAAUGGAGAAUACCCCUGAGAACCACCCGGACCACAGCCACCUGAAGCAGGCUAUGGAGAAGGCUGAGGAGCUGUGCUCGCAGGUCAACGAGGGAGUAAGAGAGAAGGAGAACUCGGAUCGCCUGGAGUGGAUCCAGGGCCACGUGCAGUGUGAGGGCUUGUCCGAGCAACUGGUGUUCAACUCUGUGACCAACUGCCUGGGCCCACGGAAAUUCCUCCACAGCGGCAAACUCUAUAAGGCCAAGAGCAACAAGGAGCUCUAUGGCUUCUUGUUCAAUGACUUCCUGCUGCUCACUCAGAUCAUCAAGCCCCUGGGCUCUUCUGGCACCGACAAAGUCUUCAGCCCAAAAUCACAUCUGCAGUACAGGAUGUACAAGACGCCGAUUUUCCUCAAUGAGGUGCUGGUGAAGUUACCCACAGAUCCCUCUGGAGAUGAACCCAUUUUCCACAUCUCCCAUAUCGACAGGGUGUACACACUCCGAGCAGAGAGCAUCAAUGAGAGGACAGCUUGGGUGCAGAAGAUCAAGGCUGCCUCCGAACUUUACAUUGAGACAGACAAGAAGAAAAGAGAGAAAGCAUAUCUGGUGCGAUCACAGAGGGCAACAGGGAUCGGGAGGCUCAUGGUCAACAUAGUCGAGGGCAUUGAGCUGAAACCCUGCCGAUCUCACGGGAAGAGCAAUCCAUACUGCGAGGUGACCAUGGGCUCCCAGUGCCACAUCACUAAGACCCUGCAGGACACGCUGAACCCCAAGUGGAACUCCAACUGCCAGUUCUUCAUCAAGGACCUGGAGCAAGAUGUCCUGUGUGUGACCGUUUUUGAGAGGGACCAGUUCUCCCCCGACGACUUCCUGGGCAGAACCGAAAUCCGGCUGGCAGACAUUAAGAAGGACCAGGGUUCGAAGGGCCCUAUCACCAAACGGCUGCUCUUGCACGAAGUUCCAACUGGUGAGAUUGUGGUGCGCCUGGACCUGCAGCUUUUCGAUGAGUCCUAGAUUGCGUUUCUCUAUCCGUGCUGUGCAGCCCUCUGUUUCGGAUCGCUGGGUGCCACAUCCAUACCGUGUUUAUGUGUUUGCGUGGGGUAGGGGUGGGGAUGUGCUUUUAUGCUCCUUUUGAGUGAUAGUAUUGUUCUUUUUAAUUUCCACAUUGUGUCACAGUUUACUGUAACAAAAUGCUUUAGAUUUUAAAAAGUUCGACCAUUUUUGGACACAUCAAGAUUUUCGUUUUUCAAGUACAUUUUGGAACACCACCCUUUUCGUUACGUUAGACCUUCCAUAUAGUUAGUUAUAGUAUAUGAGUUAUCAGCAUUGAUGUGCUCAUUAUUUAUUCAGGACUUAAAUGUUUAUUUAAAACUUACUAAUGGGUGAUUCAUUUUGAUAAACUACCCACAGAUGUAGUAUCAAAAUAUUGCCAUCGAAAUAUUAGACUUAACGCGAGAGGUAAUUGGUGGAAAGCAAAUUAAUGUAAAGGGAAUUAAUUGUAUGUGCUACCAGUUGUAAAUAGUCUUCAGAAAAUGUUUCAUAAAGUUAACAGAGGUUAUUCAUUGUCUUGAUGCAUGGCUUUAGGAAAAGGAAAAAAAUAGAUGUUACGCAAAAUUGGCUUUUUUAAU